AUGGCGUCGCAGAAACUUCCUGGCCCUGAGUGGUUCACAACCCCCCAAGGUUCGGAUGCCCCAAAAGGGUUGGCCAGAGAAGCUUCCAUACGGAGACCGUGCCGGGUGAAUUUUUACGAAUGCGAAUCCGAUGACUAUGUCGAAUGUAGAGUUCGACUGCUCCUAGAUUCCCAGAAUCCAAGACUUGUGAUCAGUGUUGGGCCACAGGGUGACGGAAGUCCAGGCGCGCAGUUGGUUUUUACUGUUGAAAGUAACACUUUCACACUGGGAGUCGAAAAGCCAGGCGAUACACUUUAUCAGACUAUCAAGGACGCCCGGAAGAGGAUGCCACGACUGUUUGAGGGAUUCCCCACGACGUCACUGUAUCUUGUGAAAUUGCAUGGCGCCCCAAUCCAGACUGGCCAGAGUUGGAGACUCGAGGGAGAAGCACGGAGCAACUGGGAGAAGUUGUCCCAAUGGGCUAACCAGCAUCGCAACAUGCUUGUUUGGAAAAAAUGGCUUCCAUCCCACAAGAACUUUGAACAGAUUAACUCUUGGUUUUCGGUCCUCCAGUCCAAGGUGGCCGCGGUCCCAGGUGGCCGAGCAGCAUUUUGGGCCUACACGGCCACAAAACCGGCUCAGCUCCCGGAUGGCUCUGAGGGACGACGCCCCGAGUUGACUUGGCUUCGGAUGACUGGAGAUAAUCGCGAGUCGAGGGAGGAGUACUGCAAGUGGAUACCAUCAGAUCCGUUCUUCUGCAAUGAGCUUGAAAGACAAUGGAGGCUGGUCGAAGGCACUCGUAUUGAAAGAGACGCCCAAUAUUGGUCGAUAACCAGAACCUUUUCCCUCAAGAGACACCACCGUUUCAUGAUGGAGCAUCAUGAGCCUUCCAGCUGCUUUGUCCACGUCAAAGUUCAGCGCGCUGUUGACGGGGAACAUCAGUUUAUGAUUCCUUGUAUCAAACCAUCGAUAACCGCGAAGUUGGCAUUUGUGGAUUCAGAUACCAAAGAAGUUCAGGACACCGAUCUCCAGUAUUCGGGAAUCUUUGUGCAGAGACAAACAACCUGUGAUUUUGUCAUAGCCAUGUCAGAGCCCCCGGAGAUCAGCCCGCAAGGGCGUUUCAUAGUUGUGGUCGCCGACCCCGAUUCCGAGCCCAAUCUCCAAUCCAUUGAUCGCCAAAUCGAUGCAUUGAAAGAAGCUGGAACCACCAUGGUCUAUGGCGACAUGGAAUCCCAAUUGGGUCAAGGGUACUCCCUCCAUAACACGAUUAUGGCUCGGGGAGAAGAGCUCAAUCCACACAGUGCAGGCUAUUUCGAACUGAGCAUUCAUCAGCUGUCAAGUCUCGAUCGACCGACGCAAGAAAUGCGCUUAGCGUAUAUCCUCCAGAAAUUCCCUCUGAGCGAGUCUCAGCGUCGAGCAUUCGACCGGUCAAUCUACCACAUCUGUGCCGGAGUACAUCUGAUCCAAGGUCCGCCGGGAACCGGCAAAACCCGCACAGCCUCAGUGAUCAUUCUUGCGCUCGCAUGUCUUCAUGUGCGUGUGUUGCUUGCUGCGGGAUCCAAUAAAGGGGUAGAUAAUCUGGCAGCUGCCGUGCUGCGUGAAUUGGACAAUGAUCCCACUCUCAGUGACUGGUGCGAUGGCCAGCUCGUGCGUCUUCGAUCACCAAGUUAUCAGAUAUCUUCUUUGCGAGCCAAGAGCGCUUUGCACACUGUCAGCAAAGAGCAUCGCGACAAUUUAAGCAAGGACGAGGAGGACCUGCUUCGCGUGCAAAUGGAUUCACUGGUGCUCGCUCAUGCCGAAGGGGAUCCAGAGUCAGAGCUUCAUUCCCAGCUUCUCAAGCUUCUGAGCUUUGACGAGACUCGGGGUUUAACUCAGAAGAGCUCAGAGCAACUAAGCGACUGCCUUGACAAACUCUCCAUUGCUGAGCUUAGUCGUAGUAGAAUCGUCGCCACAACACUAACCAACGCAUAUCAGGAGAUAUUGCAGCAUCCUGACUCUUUCCAACCAGAUGUGCUUGUCUGCGACGAAUCCAGCCAAUGUCUUGAAGGUGACCACAUGAUCGCGAUGACCAUACCGUCCAUCAGAGCAGUGAUAUUCCUCGGUGACCCGGAUCUGCGACCACCUCCACUUAUCUCUGAACAUGGAAGGAAUGAAUGUGCUCUAUAUCUGAAACGUUCGCUCAUGGAGAGGCUAUACGCAGCCGGAUACCCCUGCACUGUGUUGUCAACUGACUACGGAAGCCAUGUACAGAGCCUGGACCUCAGAAAUCGUGAAGGGUACCAU